AUUUCAUUUCGAACCUAACCUUAAACAUUCACCAGUUUUAAAUGUCCUGAUUAUUUGUGGUUUAUUCCAAGUUUUCGCUGAUUAUUGAAACAAGAUGGUUCGUAGCGCUUUUACCGACGAAAAUUUUUUGAAAUAUUUGGACACGUUUACGAAAUUGGAAUUCCCUACAGUGGGUUUGAUGUUAGGACAGCGGACCGAUGCCAAAGAUUUCAUCAUUCACUUUACAAGAACACCCCCUUACAGAGGCGAUGCGGAACAGUCGAUUAAGAAAUUCGCCGAUGUGCCCGAUUCUUGGGUAGCGGAUCACGCUAGGCACGUUACCCGAAUGCUACCUGGCGGAAUGUACGUUUUGGGACUCUUCGUCGUGUGCCAAGAAGAUAUAUUCGCCACAUGCGUCCCUAAACUAAAAGCCAUGUUGUCCCAAAUACACAAGCGACUUACGCCCAACGCAUUUCUCUACGGCACUCCACAACAGACGGAAAAAUUGGUCCUGCAUUAUUCCCAAUUGUCCCGCUACGUGUGCAAAAGUUACAAUUACGACACAUUCAGUUUGAGUAACGCCGAAAUAAAGUUCCAAUCCAAUCUCGCCGUCAAAUGGCUACAGGUCGAAUGCAAAUAUGAGCUGGACCAAACUUUUCCGAUUAUCGCGGAGAGAGCGAACUGGCCGCUAAAAAAGCACAUGAACGAAAUUUUACAUUUGAUAAAUAUGAAUUUGCAAACCGCCGUGUACUUUUUCGACGGCGAAAUUAAAGACGGCAAGGAGUGCUUGGAGACCAUAGGCAAAAAACAGAAAUCCCACCUGAGGUUGUCACAGCCGGAAGACGAGAACAAAUUAAUGCAAGUUACAAUCGUGUUACCGAUGGGUGGAGAUGUAGCACCCGAAGUCAAAAUUCUAAAUUCCGGCGGGCAGAUCCGUUUAACCGGUCACGUCGCCUCGAAAGUCUGGCUGCAUCCGAAGGCGACCGUGCAGUACGCCUCGGACGCGAUUAUGCAGGACAUCGUACGUAGUUUGGCGGCACGUCUCGAAAUGCAUUGGGAUUCUCUGCUCGAGGAGGAGCACGGUUCACCCGAAGAUACUAAUAGCGUGCAUGAAACUCCCAGGAGAGUUUUGAUCAAUUUGCCCACGACCAAAGUGACACUUUCCGACUAUCUUUUUCCCGGGGAAGGUUCUCAGGAGGCGCAAAUAUCGCUGUCCGAAUUGUUAGAUAUUACGAUUGCUCAACCGGAUGCUAUUUUUGACGUGGAAGGACAGCCUGAUAUACCCGAGAUGACCCUCGAGGGACCAGAAGCCGACUGCGAUGAUAUCCUGGCCAGUUCCACCAACAGGAAGAAGUACAUAAUGGGUCUAGUGAUCGCAUUUGUGGUAUUAAUAAUAUCACUUCUCAUACAUUUUAUAAAAGGCUAAUCGAUAAAAGAUUUAUUUUUACAAUGACGAUAUAAAUUAUAUGAAGUUACUUUCGUAAACUGUGUUUGUGAUAAGGUGCUCGGCGUCUAUCAUUCCGCUUUAAAUUAUACCUAUGUUUUGUACCAUUACAAUUAUUUAUUGACGAG